GGAAGUUGCGGUUCUUGAUCGAAGCUAUCUCGCGAGAAUUCCUCGUCGACGUCAGAUGACCUUUGGCACAGUUUUGUGUCUGCAGGACUGGAAGCGAGCUGUAGCUUUCGGGGUCCAAGAUGAACAGAGCUCUUAACAAAUCAAAUCUGAAACAUUUGACUGGUCUCCUGCAGAGGUUUCAAAGCACCUUGGUCAUUGCAGAGCACAACAAUGAAAAAUUAACUCCUAUUACCCUCAAUGCCAUUACGGCUGCUACUAAAGUGGGAGGAGAGGUGUCCUGUCUGGUUGCUGGAACAAACUGUGCAAAGGUUGCAGAGGAAAUCAGCAAAGUGAAAGGUGUGAAGAAGGUCCUGGUGGCCCAACAUGAUUCUUACAAAGGUGGCCUACCAGAGGAGUUGACUCCACUUAUCCUGCAGACACAAAAGCAGUUCAACUUCACUCACAUCUGUGCUGGUGCCUCAGCUUUCGGAAAGAACCUGCUUCCCAGAGUGGCUGCCAAGUUGGACGUCGCCCCAGUUUCAGAUAUUAUUGAAGUCAAAUCUUCAGAUACUUUUGUUAGGACCAUCUAUGCAGGAAAUGCCCUCAGCACUGUGAAAUGCAACGAGCCGAUCAAGGUCUUCAGCAUCAGAGGGACUUGCUUUGAAGCCGCUCCAACAGAGGGAGGGGGUGCUGCAUCAGAAGAAGUGUCUGCUUCCUCUCCGGUUGGAAUUUCUGAGUGGCUGAAACAGAGUCUGACAAAGAGUGACCGUCCAGAGCUGACAAGUGCUAAAGUUGUGGUGUCAGGAGGUAGGGGCUUGAAGAGUGGAGAAAACUUCAAGUUGCUUUAUGACCUUGCAGACAAAAUGAAUGCUGCAGUUGGUGCAUCCAGAGCUGCAGUGGAUGCUGGCUACGUCCCUAACGACAUGCAGGUUGGACAGACUGGCAAAAUUGUAGCACCGACUAUUGUUGCUAUCAACAAGGACCCUGAAGCUCCUAUUUUCCAGGUGGCUGACUACGGUUUGGUAGCCGAUCUUUUCAAAGCUGUUCCUGAGAUGACUGAAGCUCUCAGCAAGUGAAGAGAGACAAACUCCCACCAGAAUCUGAGAACGACCAGUCUCCACCUUAAGAAAUAUUUAAAGCUGAGAGUCCUGCUUGCAGAGAAUUUCAUCAUCUUCUCUCCGUUACUCUCAGCAAAUACAUUGUACUUACCUUUUGGCUGGAGGUUUCCUUUUUUUGCUUACGGUAGCACAUGUGUUAUUUGUAUGUAACUUUCUGGGACAUUAAAGGAGAUCUUUGGAAA